AUGCCAAUUGACUAUUCGAAGUGGGAUAAGAUUGAACUUUCUGAUGACUCGGACAUCGAGGUCCAUCCUAACGUUGAUAAGAGGUCAUUUAUCAAAUGGAAGCAGCAGAGUAUCCAUGAGACCAGAAUGAAACGUAACCAGGAUAUCAAAAAUUUAGAAACUCAAAUGACAAUGUACAGUCAUCUCAACAAGCGAGUUGACAAAUUACUUCAAAGCUUGAAUGAUCAAGAUUUGAUUGUUCGAGAGACACUCUCGAAGUUUCUGAAUGCAAACUUUGAUAAGUCAGAAAAAACUGAAGGCGAUAAUGUUGAUCCCGGUAUUCCAUCUUACAAUGAGAUGGUGGAAGACCUUUUCGAUCAGUUGGAAAGGGAUGCCAAGAGCGAAGGAAAAGACCCAAAGGAUGGGAGUGUAAUAAGACAACUACUACUUAAACAUAGGAAAAAGAUAGACGAUGUCACAGUGGAGGCGAAGAAGAAAUUGGAAGAACUAUACCGUGAGAAAAGUGCAUUGAUAUCGUCCGACGACAUUAAGCCUGGAUUCGAUAGUGGAUUUAUGAACUCGAAAGAAACUAAACAAGAGGAAAAGAUUGUAGAAAACUUGCAGAAAGCAGCGGCUGCGAAAUCUGAUACAAGUUCAUCUUUAUCUUCUCUUCCUCUCCCAACCUUACCACAGCAAUUUAUCGAGUACGAAGAUGUAAUGCAGCUAGCUCCAGAGACCAGCAAUUUUGGGGAUAUUCCUAGUAGCGAUUAUGCGAAAUCUGAAGCAUAUUUACUGGAUCAUAUGCCUAUCAUCUCAGAACAACAGAAGGAUGCUUUGAUGAUGAAAGCGUUUGAGUUCCAAAUGAAAGGUGACGAAAAGGGCACGUACCGAGUUAUUCAUCAGUCUGAACUACUAGCAUAUAUCCGUGAAAUCUAUGACAUGAAGAAGAUCACCGAAUUAGUCCCCAGUGAAAUGAAGCAGGUCAUUGAAAUGUUUUUUCAAAGAGUUGUUCGCGGAUCUAACGUUGCUGGUAAACAAUCAUUCUUACAAUCCGUACAGGCGAAAUUCGAUCAUGUGAAGAACCGUGUGCGGAUCAUGGAGCAGGAACACGAGGAUGAGCAAGAAGGUGUGGAGACAAUUCAACUGAAGUCACUUGACGAUUCUACAGAGCUUGAAGUUAAUUUACCAGAUUUUGGUUCCACUGAGCCUGAGGAAGUCAAGCGAGUAGAAGCUUUCAAGAAACUUCCUCAAGUCAUGCAAGACGCCAUCAAGACUAAAAACCUAGACAAGGUCAACGAAGUUUUUGCUGAAACACCAAUAAAAGAAGCCGAAGAGUACUUGGAACUAUUCAAUGAGGCUGAUAUCAUUGGUGUGAAAGCGCUGCUCGAGAGCGAAGCGGAUUUCAAAGAACUACAAGAUCAGUAUGAGAACCAGAACAAAUUGGAGGAAUUGAAACUUGAAAAAGAUAACCAAACAGAAAGCGUUCAAGAAACUGCUGGAAGUACAAUCGACAUGGUUGAUUAA